UUUCUCCUUUUCUGUUCCAAUAUGUGCAGGGAUGCAUAAAUGCAACUUCUGCAGUGUUAAUUUUGGAGAUUUUUUUUUGAAUACACAUAUUGCAAAGUUGAAAAGCUGUAAAAUAACUCCACAUGACCUCCUGCUGUUUGGUUCAGGGAUCGUGGCACUCUGGUCUCUGGCUGUUCUGUCCUUUGAGCGUUUCUUUGUGAUCUGCCAGCCACUGGGGAACAUCCCACUGCAAGAAAAGCAUGCCAUCCUGGGUCUGCUGUUCGUCUGGACCUUCUCCUUCAUCUGGACCUUCCCUCCAGUGCUGGGCUGGAACAGAUACACUGUGAGCAAGAUUGGAACCACCUGUGAGCCUGACUGGUAUUCAACCAACAUGACAGAUCACAGCUACAUCAUCACUUUCUUCACUACCUGUUUCAUUCUGCCUCUUGGGGUGAUAUUCUUCUGCUACGGGAAACUCCUUCAGAAGCUCAGAAAGGUAUCUCGCAGGCGUCCAGCCACUGCCAGGAAGCCCGAGCGACAGGUGACCCGUAUGGUUGUGGUGAUGAUUGUGGCUUUCAUGGUGGGCUGGACGCCGUACGCUGCCUUCUCCAUCCUGGUCACAGCUUAUCCAACCAUUGAACUUGAUCCCCGGCUGGCGUCCAUCCCCGCCUUCUUUUCCAAGACUGCUGCUGUCUACAACCCAAUUAUCUAUGUCUUCAUGAACCCACAGUUCAGGACGUGCCUCAUCCAACUCUUUACUGGCAAGGAGACCAUCCCAGAGAGCAACCUGAAUCAGACCUCAAGGCGACCUGGAAUUACUUUGGAGAAACAAGUGGGGAAAACGUCAGCCAUUGCAGCUCGUAUCCCUGUGGGCGGUACCGUGCCACCCAAAUCUAAUGGCUCGUUCGCUCAGCUUCUCAUCCCAGAGAGUAAAAUGUGUCCAGUGUAACAGUAAACCUCAUCCAGCAGGUGUUCCUCUUCCUUGAGAGUGCAUAUUGACCUUCUGUAAUCGACAUACAGUGUGUUUCAGAAAAUCUUUGGACAUCAUUGACAG